CUGUUUUGCUCUACCCCGUUUGUAUAGGGUAGUAGCAGCGGGUUUGCAGCUCGCCUCCACGGAAGCCGUGAGUCCAGGAUAGAGUCUGGGGGCAUAAAUUUUCUGCACCCUCUCAAUCAAGAUUUGAUUCCCGUAUCAAAUGCUCUGAGCCUCGUUAGAGCUUCGGAUCUCCCUUUGCGAUUUCAACAUCGCGUUUUGAAAAACACCAUGUCGAACUACGACGUUCCGGUAUUAUCAGGCGCUGAUAACUACCGGAGUUGGAGGAACAGAUUGAGGUUCUAUUUGACCAUCGAGGAGGUUUGGCGUAUUGUCGAUGGGACCAAGAAGGACCCAGCUGAACUGUAUCCCGACAUUUUCAACAAACAACAAGCCGGCAUCAGCACUCGAUGUCAGACGGAGGAGGAAAACGCCCUGCGAAAGGAAAAGGACGAAUGGGAUCAAAAGAACCAUAAAGCAAUGGAUGCAAUCUGUCGUACCCUGUCUAAAGCAAUCUUUGACGAAGUCAGGAAGAGAAACUUUGAACACGCAGCGGAGAUCUGGACAUACCUAAAGGAAUAUGACGUUAUAUCCGGCGCUCAAUCUCUGGAAGGACUGAAGACUGCCAUGAGAACCCACUACUCUACAUGCAAGGAUGUGCAGGAGUAUAUCCACAAGAUGCAAGCUGCUAUCCGGAAGAUCAAGCGAAGCCUUUCUGGAGAACCCUGGCCAGAAGCUUUAGGUGCCCAGUUCCUUCUAUGCAACCUCGACGAGAAGUGGGAUACGUUCAUGAUAGUGUUCCUGAACAGAACGGCGUGUCAAAUUCAAUUCCGAAAUGUCGUCAAACCUGAUCAAGGCCCAGAAGGGAAAGCAAAACUCUCGUGGGAACAGGUCUCGAGGAGGAACACCAAAGUUCUGCAAAUGAUGUUGGAAAAAAGGCCACUGAGCUAGCCGGAUGAUUGCCAGCUUAAGGGGGUGUGUUGGCGCACAAAACGAAUGCCAGGUGAUCUGUCAAUCAUCCGUUUGCAGCAGGUUCUUUGUAUGCUAGAGAUAAAUACGGGUUCAAAUCGCCCCUAGACCUAGAAGCACUUGAGUCCAAAGAAAAGUCCUAACUACACAUGAGAUAUGGAAUGAUGUGUAAUAUAGUGUGCUGCCUGAU